AUGUCGGAUACUCUGGAGUUUCGGGGUGCAGGGCAGCCCAAUGGAGUUGAGAUAGUGAUUGCUCCAGCUGUUGAACAGCCAUCCAGCUUCGAUCUACUCCGUGACCGACUUCGCAAAUCCUUCAUUGACAUGAGGUCUCUGUUGGCCGCCAUCAGAGCACCUCUCCCCACGCAGACUGGGGAUGGGACUUAUCUUCCCAUCCCACCACCCAUCUCUACAGGCGAUGACUUGGAGGCCGUCCUGCGAGACAUCGGCGCUCUCGGACACAAAAACAUCGAGUCGCUGGCCGAUGUCGUCCGCCAUGCGAAGUUACAGCAACCUAUAAACGAUAAGCAGUACCUCAUGGAGUAUCUGAUCCGGGGCGCGGCAUGUCUAGAAAAGGACAUCGUUAGCAUGGGCAUCACAAAUUCGUUUCUGGAAACAUUGUGGUCAGACAUACAGCAUCCACCUCAGAUGCUUCUGGACGUCGACUUCUUCUUUCGUCAGCCUGACGGAAGCAAGAACAACUACGCGGUCCCGCAGAUAGGUGCUGCCGGGACGCCAUAUGCGAGAACAGUGACACCGCGGUACAUGAGAGCAGGUGCUCUGCCCGAUCCUGGCCUGGUGUUCGACGCUGUCAUGGGACGAAGAGCACCCGAGGAACAUCCAAAUAAGAUCUCAAGCAUGCUCUUCUAUCUCGCCUCCAUCAUCAUCCAUGAUUGCUUCAAGACGAAUCGGCACAACUACAACGUCUCUGAUAGCUCCUCAUACCUGGAUCUGGCACCGCUGUAUGGUAGCAAUUGGGAAGAGCAGAAGAAGAUGCGGACAUUCAGGAACGGCAGGAUCAAACCCGACUGCUUCUCAGAGACACGCCUGCUUACCUUUCCCCCGGGAGUCGGUGCCCUUCUCAUCAUGUUCAACCGCCAUCAUAACCACGUUGUCGAACAGCUCGCCUUGAUAAACGAAGACGGUCGAUUCACUGAUAAGGGUGCGAAGGUCGACCGAUAUGGACAGAAAGGGCUCGACAAAAGAGAUGACGACUUGUUCCAGACUGGACGAUUGGUGACAUGCGGGUUAUACGUCAACAUCAUUCUCAUCGACUACGUUCGCACCAUUCUCAAUCUCAAUCGCACCGAUGAAAAUUGGCAGCUCAACCCUCGAGUCGAUAUACCCGAUGGGCCUGCAUUUGGCACGGGCAACCAAGUGUCGUGCGAAUUCAACCUCGUAUAUCGAUGGCAUGCUUCGGUUUCUGCUAGAGACGAGAGGUGGACGGAGCAGCUCUACGACGAAAUGUUCAAGAGUGGAGAUGAGCCGAUCGAUCCCAGUCUGCCCAGCCCGCAAGACUUCCAUCGGAUCUUGCAAAAGAUGAAAGAGUUCGAGCAAGCCAUCCCUGCCGACCCUCCAACGAGACCUUGGCCAGCGCUGAAGUCGGACGUACUCAAACGAGACAAGAAUGGGAGAUACGACGACAACGAGCUUGCGGAGAUCUUGACCUCUGGCAUCGAAGACUGUGCCAAUGCCAUGGGACCGCGACGUGUGCCUAAAGUGAUGAAGUUCAUCGAAGUCCUCGGGAUCGUGCAGGCGAGGACGUGGAAAGUUGCUACGCUCAACGAGUUUCGCAGGCAUUUUGCCCUCGAGCCGCAUCGAACAUUCGAGUCUAUUACGAACGAUACAGAAGUCGCUCAGGCGCUGAAGUACCUUUACGACACGCCGGAUAACGUCGAGCUCUAUCCUGGGCUGGUCGUCGAAGAUGCGAAGAAGCCCAUGCUUCCUGGAUCCGGGCUCUGUCCGUCGUACACCGUCAGCCGUGCCGUACUCUCCGACGCCGUCGCACUCGUAAGAGGAGACCGGUACUACACCAUUUCAUAUUCGCCGAGCACAAUGACAAAUUGGGGCUACCAGGAAGCCUCCUCUGACCUGGCCAUCGACAACGGGUGCGUCUUCUACAAACUCUUUCUGCGCGCUCUACCCAAGAACUACGAUCCAGCCUCGAUCUACAUCCAUUACCCCUUGACCAUCCCGCAGGGUGAAAACGGCAUGAAGGAUAUUCUCGGAGCACUUGGCAAAGCGCACAAAUACAGCUUCCAGUACCCAACUCCUAUUGCCCAGCCGAGUGUGCUCUUCACAUACGAUGCAUGCAUCAAGGUGCUCGACAAUCCUCAGGCUUUCCGCGCCGCAUGGGGCAAGCCGAUGGAAUUCCUCAUGGGCAAGGCAGCGAAGAAUUUCAUGCUCGCCGGCGACGGUCCGAGGAAUGUCGCGUCUCGAAAUCUCAUGACACCGGCGAUGUACCUCGGAGCGGAUCCAUUCACAUCGUCCGCAUCAAAGGAACAUUGGUACACUGCUGUCAAGACCUUCUACGAAGACCUCACCAUCAAGCUGCUGAGCGAGAACUCCCACUCCAUCGCCGGAACCCGACAACUCGACAUCAUCCGGGACGUCGGCAAUCUGGCGCACGUCCAUUUCGCAGCAGAGAUGUUCUCGCUGCCUCUCAAGACUGCAGAUUUCCCGCACGGCAUCUUCACCGAGCAGGAGCUCUACCUCAUCCUGUCCGCCAUCUUCGUCGCCGUCUUCUUCGACGCCGAUCCCGUGCAGUCGUUCCCGCUUCGCCAAUCGGCGUACGAGGCUACGCAAUCUCUCGGCAAGAUCUUGGAGGUGCAAGUGGCCGCUAUCGCAGCAACGGGCCAGAUUGCCGAGGGAUUGAUCGAGUACGUCAAGCCGACUGCGAGACCUUUGAAGGGGUAUGGCGUGCACAUGAUCGCGCAGCUAUUCAAGCAAGACCACAGCAUCGACGACCUAGUCUGGGGCAACAUCAUGCCUACGUUAGGCGGAGUCGUAGCUCCGCAGGCAAUGCUAUUCGGCCAAAUCAUCGACUUUUACCUUUGCGGCGAAGGCGCAAAGUACAUGCCUGAAAUCCAGAGACUCGCUCUCGCCGACACGCCGGAAGCCGACGAUACACUCCUGCACUACGUGAUGGAGGGCAUCCGCCUCAACGGCGAAUCGGGCGCGAUGCGCCGCGUGGAGAAAGAAACGACAAUCGAGGACAAAACCGGCCUGCCACAUCUCCCGACUACACACCACUUCAAACCCGGCGACGAGGUCCUGCUCAACUUUAAAGCCGCCUCGCGCGACCCCAAAGCCUUCCCCAAACCAAACGACGUCGUCCUUACGCGACCCCUAGACUCGUACAUCACCUUCGGCCAUGGAACGCAUCGGUGUCUCGGACUGCCCAUGACGCAGUUGGCGCUGACGACCAUGUUCAAGACGGUGAUGAAGUUGCCUGGGUUGAAGCCUGCGAUCGUAUCUGUUGGCGGCGUGCCGCAGACGAGCAGGGUGAAGAAGGUUGCGAAGGAGUUUGGUUCUGUGGGAGGAGGAGGAGGGGUGGAGGUGCCGGAGAGUUGGAAGUAUUGUGCUUUCCUGACGGAGGAUUGGGAUGUGUAUUUCCCGUUUCCUACGAGUUUGAAGGUUACGUUUACAGACGAGUCGAGUGGUGCGUGA